AUGCAAAUCAAGGACGAAGGAGCCCUGACCUUUCCUGACAAGCUGAAGGGAGAUCCUAAUAAGAGGUUUAGAGACAAGUACUGCCGUUUCGACCAUGGCCACGGUCAUGACACAGCCAACUACUAUGACUUGAAGCAACAAAUCGAAGCUCUCAUCAGGCAAGGAAAGUUACAAAGGUUCGUCAGUCGGGAGAAAGCAGAACCACCUCAAGAGCAGGUUCCCCGAUGGGACAACAAGCGUCCAAGGCCACCUCUAGGAGAUAUAAGAAUGAUUGUAGGAGGCACGACAGCCUCCGGUUCGUCCAAAAAGGCUCGAAAAACUUACCCAAAGAUGGUGCGGAUCGAUAACCCUAUCAUCAAGUUCUCAGAAGAAGAUACCCAACGUCUCCACCACCCGCAUGAUGAUGUACAUGUUGUUAGCAUACGGAUAAGAGACUACAACACACAUCGGGUCCUAGUCGACAAUGGAAGCUCUACUGAUAUCCUCUAUUGCCCGGCAUUCUAG